GACAGCGGUUUUGACGAAGGAAAAAAAMCCGGCUAAAKGCCAUCAGGUAACUCGUCUUCUCGUUAACUCGUAGUUUUAAUAGCUAUAUUGUUCCUUUUGUUACCUUUUACUAAGCGAGUUCAAAUACURAUUGUUCGGAACACGGACAUCUGUUGCGACGAGGGGUUAGAAAUGAUUUAAUGGGAAAUUCAGAGAACGCCUGGAGAAACAUUUAAAUCUUGCCUGGUUUAAAACGCCUACGACCACACAAAUUGUAGUGCUUUGGCAAGUUUCAAGCUUUUCUUCGUCCCAAAAUUGAUAUGGAGAAGUGAGGCUGAUAUAGUACCUUGAGAUUUAAAGCGAAAAUGAAAGCAAGAAACGACGAACAUCGGUCAAGCUAUCAGUCACUACCUUCUUGCAGCGAAAAAACAAACGACAAGAGACCAUCAUCACCCGAUAGCCGCGAUGCCGAUACAGAAGCAAGCACUUCAGACAACGAAGAAAAGAACGAACAACCAUUUAAAGAACUACAAGACUACAGUGAGAAACCAGCCAUGUCAAACAAAAGGAGGAUUUGUCUUGUUGCAUCGUUGUUACUUUGUGUGUUUACAGUUUUCGCAUUCGCUUUCAUUCUUCCUUGCCAUCAUAAGACAUGUUUGAAAGAAACAAAAUGGCCGAAUUGGUCGAAAAACUUCAGYGGUGUAGCUCCCUUGGUGUUACGCGAUGUCACUGGCGCAUCUAGUUCUAAACGUAUAYUGGUUGGGUUUUCUCAYAGUGGCCGCGGAUUUCACAUUCUCAACCAUACUUGCCCUGGAUGCCAUGGAGGAGUAGUGGCUAUCGACGGAGGCGAUGGACAACAACUUUGGGCAUCAGGGGUAUUGGGUCAGUUUGGAAACAUUUUAUGUGACCUUAGCGUGAAAAAGGAUCAGCCAAGUUGUAUAGCACUCGAGGAUAAGAAUAAAAUUCUUCGUAUUGAUUCUAACAAUGGCAGUCAACACUGGACAGUGAAAAAGACAGGAACAAUUAAAGCUUUCAGGGCGAUUCGAGAUACAGAUGAUGACGGCGUUGGGGAUGUGGUCCUUCUCUACGUACCGCGUACUGGUAUUACUGCUCAGUUGUGUAUUUUGUCCGGUAGAACUGGAAAGCCCAUUGGUAGAAGUUUAACUGUAAUAAAGGGUAAAACAUCAGAYCUCCAUUAUGACGUAUUYCUUCGCUUGCAUCAGGUAACUGAYUCGAAGCAAGUUCUUCUUGUUGGCGUGAAACUAGAUUCACAGGAAACAGGAACUUUACUUGUWAUUGGGAUYGAGGACCUUGUGACUCGAGUACACAAUAGAACGACRAAAGGCUGGAGAUGGGGACCCAAUGCACCCAACAAAUACGGUUUUAUAGAGUUAUAUAAAGAUACUCUUGUACUAACGCCGCCAUUAUUUGCUGAUUUGAACAACGAUGGUAUCAAAGACAUUGUACUUUGUUCCCUGGAGGCUGGUUUAACCGUUAAAGCGAUUAAUGGCAAAGAUACAAGUCACUUAUGGUCCAGAAAACUCACAUCUACUGGAAUUCGCAGGGCCCUACCAACGAUAAUUUCUUUCGGUGAUAAAGUAACAGACAUCGCAAUCAUGAUUCAACUGGACAACAAAUCAACAAGAAUCGUUGUUCUCGAUGGAAAGAACGGWCUUGCUCUGUGGAUGUUCACCCUAAAUAGCCCUUUGACCGUCCCUCCUGUAGGGAUACCCCACAGAUCACGCACACCACGUGGUCUGAUUGUAUGGUUACCUAAAGUCAAUAUGAGAAAAUACAUUAAAAAGAGGGAUAGCAUGAAAGUAGAAAGUUAUGAUACAAACUACAAAUGGAGGCAAAAUGCUUCAAGGAGAAAAAGAGCUAUAGAAUUCUUGAGUGAAGAUGAGAACGAUAUGCUUCUUAAUGACUUAUUGGCUGAAUUGAAAGGUGAACAAGAGGAGGAUGAGACGUCAAACAUCAGUGAUUAUGAUGACCAUAAUGRRAGGGAGUCAAGUGCUCACAGCAAGGACAAUGGUAGUAUCAGCAGUGACGAGAAUGCUGGAAUCAAUAUUGAUGAUGAUAAUGAUCAAAGUGAUCGUAAACAUCAUCAUGACGAAGAUGAUAUGAAUGAUAGUAAUGGCAUACAUGAAGAUGAUUGGAAUCAUAACAAUAGUGAUGGUAUCAAUGAUAGUGAUGAUAUGGAUAGUGAUGAUGAUCAUGAUGAUCAUGUGAUAGAUGACCAAAAAACAGAUGAAGUAGAACUCAGAAAUUACUUAAUUAACCUGGAAAAUAGGCUGAAAAGACAAACUGAUUUGAGAAAAAUAAAAACAACAAGAACAAUUCCAUGGACAACAACAAUGCUUCCUCCUCUCACAUCACAACAAAUAAUGCACACUAAACUGGCAUCGACUCCUUCAAGUGAGAAAAUGGACAAGUCAUCUAAACCCCAACAAGACAAACCAUUAAAUUGUGAUUUACUGGAAACAGUCAACAAAGACAUUAGUGCAGUGUUGGUCUACAGGGAUCCCAAGAAUCAACUGCAGCUUAUUGAGAUAGCAAGAGAAAAGGUUAUAAAUAUAGCACCAGAGGAGUUUGUCAACAAGUUUGGAGAGCAGCCACCAGUAGCAUACUCAUGUGUACAGCUUAUUCCUACUAUCACGACAAGACCAUUAGUAACAGAUAUCGACCGGGAUCACAGACUUGAUCUCAUUUAUGCAGUGGACUAUGUAACACAAAAACCUGCCACUGGACCAACUAGGAUGAUAACACACUUAAUGAAGCUGAGAAAAGUUGAUAUUUCAAGUGCUAUUUCCAAGAAACACAACAGAAAACUAUCCACUAAAUUAUAUAGAUCAGACAGAAAGAACUAUAAACGAAAUGAGAAUUUUGAUUCACCAUUUUUAACAUGGAAUACAUAAUUCAUUCUAGAGAAUCAGUAUGGUGACUAAAAUAUAAUACAGGCAGAAUUACAAUACCCUGGAGAAAUUUGGGUUACUGUUUACAGCAUGAAUGAUCUGUGGGCAUUUGCCAUGUAACUAGUUUUUGCGCGUGAAGAAAACUURAUUUAAUGUGAUAUUUGUGCAUGYUGUAGUGCCAAWCUAAAUUUCUCCACCRUCUGUUAUGUACUCUUAAAAAUGUCUAAUCGACAUGUUAGACACA